GGCACUAUACAAAUUUAGCAUCGGGAAAAUAACGUAAGGAAACAAAUUGCAACACAAAACAAGAAGGGAAGAAAGAAAUUGUUUUUCAUAAACACAGUUACUUACAAGACGUAGAAAGCAGAUUAUUAAUUUUAAAUAUGGCAGGAGAAGUUGUCGUGGAUGCAUUACCAUAUAUCGAUCAGGGUUACGAUGACCCAGGAGUACGAGAAGCGGCGCUGGCUAUGGUGGAGGAAGAAUGUCGACGGUAUCGACCCACGAAGAAUUAUUUGGAAAACACAGGGCCGGAACCAAGCACUGCCUUUGAGACUCCAUCCUUGCAACGUGAAAUGGAAAGGGUGCAGCAGCGCCUGCCUAUGGAGCCUCUGUCUAUGAAACGCUACGAGUUACCUCCUCCCCCGGCUGGUCGUCUAGGGGAACCAGGCGCUUGGGCAGAAGCCGUAGACAACUCCCACGCUCAACUUUCACACCAAGCCACCAGAGUGCUUAAUUUAGAACUGCAACUAGCUUAUGGAACUGAAGCGUGGAAGUCUUAUUUGAAUACACUACAGGCUUUGGUGAUGCGGUCACAGAAUAUACAUUCACAGCUCAGAAAGCAAAUAGCAGCUGUGAACUGGGAGCGUAAACGAUCACAGACCGCCAGCGGCGCUCGUCUGAGGGCGCUCAGGCGGCGCUGGGCGCACCUCGUGUCCGACAACUACAGGAUCGAGAGGGCCAUCAUGCAGCUGGAGACUCAGCUGCAGAAGGCUCAAGGCCAAACACCAGUAGAAGACGGUGAGCAAAUAGAGAUGGACCACAUGGAAGCUGUCAAGUUGCUGCCAGACAAACUCAACUCUGAGACAGAGAAGGAGGUGCAGAAGAAGAUAGAAGACAUGUUCGCUGAUUAGAUUAGUAGGAUAAUGAUUUAGUUUUAACAAUACAAUUGAUAAUAGAAAUAUAAAAAUUAAAAUGUGUA